CUGGCAGCAAGUCGGUCGGAGAGGCUUAGCACUUUCAACAGGCACAGACAACCCUUCAACAGGACCACAUUUCAGCAGCGACAGCAGCAACCGCCGCGUCUCUUAUAAGAAAUACACCAUGGCCGAGAUAGCGAUAGAGGAUGGAAAGGCUUCCAAUGGCGAUGCGCACCUCCAGGAGCCGCUGGCCAACGGACAGCCCGGCGGCCAGCCGAGCAAAGCACCAGAAACAACCGGGGAGAAGUUAAAAAGAAUAGCCUUAGCCAACCUGUUGGUUAUUCUAACAGUAGCUGGUGUUAUCAUUGGAGUGGUGAUUGGGCUUGGUGUGCGUUCAGCGGGACUCAGCAAAAUACAGAUCAUCUAUUUCGGCUUCCCCGGCGAGCUUCUGAUCCGUCUGCUGAAAAUGAUCAUCAUUCCCCUGGUCGUUUGCAGUCUCGUCUCAGGGGCCGCCAGCAUUGACCCCAAAGCCCUGGGCAAGCUGGGCGGGUGGGCGAUGCUGUUCUUUCUUGUGACCACCUUGAUCGCAUCAACCAUCGGGGUGAUCAUGGCAUUUCUGAUCAAACCCGGAGUAGUGGCCGGCGACAAACCCUUCAUCGCUGGUUUAGACGAGGGAGGGGUGCCUCAGGCGAAGGAGGUGAUCGACUCCUUUUUAGACUUGAUCAGAAACAUCUUCCCAAGCAAUUUGGUGGCCGCAGCAUUCCAGUCGUAUGCCACACAUUAUAACCUCAAGGAGGUGAACGGGACGUUCAACUUGACCGUGGCCAAGAUCCCCUAUGGUAAGGAAGUGGACGGCAUGAACAUCCUGGGCCUGGUGGUGUUUGCCAUCGUGUUCGGCAUUGCGCUGAGGAAGCUUGGCGAGGAGGGCGAGAUCCUCAUCAAAUUCUUCAACUCCUUCAACGAGGCCACCAUGGUGCUCGUCUCCUGGAUCAUGUGGUAUGCUCCCCUGGGUAUCAUGUUCCUGGUGGCGGAGAAGAUCGUGGAGAUGGAGGACGUGGGCGUGCUGUUCGCCAGCCUGGGCAAGUACAUCGCCGCCUGCAUGGUGGGCCACUUCGUCCACGGCAUGCUGGUGCUGCCCGCCAUCUACUUCAUCAUCACGCGCAAGAACCCCUACAGCUUCCUGCUGGGCAUCGUCACGGCGCUCGCCACCGCCUUCGGAACCUCCUCCAGUUCGGCCACGCUGCCUCUGAUGAUGCGCUGCGUGGAGGACCAGGGCGUGUCCAAGCACAUCAGCCGCUUCAUCCUGCCCAUCGGCGCCACGGUCAACAUGGACGGAGCCGCCUGCUUCCAGUGCGUCGCCGCUGUCUUCAUCGCCCAGCUCAACAACGUCUCGCUCAACUUCAUCCAGGUCAUCACCAUCCUAGUGACAGCCACAGCGUCCAGUGUUGGGGCAGCAGGCAUUCCAGCAGGUGGAGUCUUGACCCUGGCCAUCAUCCUUGAGGCAGUGAGCCUGCCCACCAAUGACAUCUCCCUCAUUCUAGCUGUCGAUUGGCUAGUUGACCGCACCUGUACGGUGUUGAACGUGGAGGGCGAUGCGUUCGGCGCGGCGCUGCUGCAGUUCUUCGUGGACCGCACCGCGGCCAAGGAGGAUCAGACGGGCCAGCUGACGGAGGUGCGCCUGGACGACGGCGACGGCCCCGCCAAGCCGGAGAACUCGCCCCUCAUCGAGAAGCGCGGACUGCCCGCCGACACCCCCCCGGCCUACGCCACCAACGCACAUGACAUGGAGUCGGUCAUGUAGAGGACCAGUGUCCUGUGUCGCCCCCUUCUGGAUGAGAGUUGGCAACACACUCUCUCCGCAUCCUGAAAGCCAACCAAAGUGAACCAUGCACCACUUUUCCCAUCACAUGCCAUCCUCCAGACUGAGGUGCUGUAAAGAGGUUGGCCAUUGAUCUCUUGACCCCCACCCCUGAACUGUAAUCAUGGACUACUGUAUAUUUAAACAUACAGCUCCCGUUCAUCUCUGCCCCUCUUCAUAAGCUCUGUGUCCUCUCUAUCAGAGGAAGAAGUCACAAAACGAACAGAGCAGAUGACCUUCAGAGAGUGAGGGCAAAAAGAAAGCAGUCACUCUCUUAAUGCGAUAUAUUUAUUAUAAGUGGUCUGGAAAUAUGUCAUGUCACAUGUCUCAAGUCAUGUCUUUUUAAAAUGCUUUUUUUUAUUUUUGUUUUGUUUUUAUCUUAAGCGCUGGUCAUAUCAAAUUCAUGCGAAGCAUGUAACAAUAUCGUCUUCAGCCUUUUAGAGGUACAACUGCCGUUUCACCAGUCCUUACUUUUUAACUUUUUUUUUUUUUUUUUUUUGUAUUUUGAGAUUUUCUUUUAAACGAGUCUAUUUUAUUAUUAUUAUAUUUGAUAAGUCUUCUCCUGUCCCACCGUGUCCUUCAGAUGAAGCCAUAUACUCACUCGCACACUUACCGAAAGCACCAAGCCAAAGCUGAAGAGUCUCCAUGUCCAUAAGCCCGCUUCUCUGCGCUGCUCUGUAAAGAGUCUCGGCUGCUAGGGCUCCUGCAAGCCUACGACAACACUUCUCUGAGCUGCUAUGUGAGAGUCUCAGCCACCAGGGCUCUUACAAGCCUACGACAACACUUCUCUGCGCUGCUCUGUAAAGAGUCUUGACCGCCUAGGGCUCCUACAAGCCUACGACAACACUAGACCUCAUGCGUAAAUGAGGACGUGAGAGAUUUUUUAAAGAUGUGUUUGUGUUCUGAUCGUUUUUUUGUGUGUGCUUGUGCGUAGUCGGUGUGGUCCUUAACCGUAAAAGUUCAGUUCAAUUUAGAAGCACAACCCUACAUGAAGAGCUUGCACAGAUUUUAAGCAGUGACGUCAUUACCUAGCUGGGUCCUUCAGCCACGUGUUACUGAACAUUUGAGCGCCAUCUUGUGCGUCUCUCUCCAAUAGUUAAGCACAACCACAAUGCAACUUCCUGAAGGAUUUCCACAGGACCUCUGUGAUCUGUCUGUUUUACUCCAUGCACAAAAAGUAGCAGUAUGACUGACUUUGUAUGUCUGCAGAGAGAUGAUGUAUUAAUGGUGACAUGAUGUAGUGUGGAGGUGUGCAGUCGGCGGCCAUGAUUUUUGUGUUGGGUGUAAAUUGUGGAAUAUUUGUGUUUUUGAUUUGAUUUCUGUUUUCCCCCUCUUUUUUUUUUUCUCGUGCUGGCUUACUUCAAAUCAGUCCUUGGUUACCUGGAAUAUUUUCAUGGGCAUUUAAUUGAAGCUUUGGAUUUCUGGCAGGUUGGCGUUACAGAACAAACCAAGUAAGGUCUGAGACCUACUUCAGACUAUUGUAUUGCAUCUUUUUCUUUGCCCCUCCCACUAGAAAAUGAAAUGUGUUGUAUGCAGUCUAGAACUGGCAAGAUACAGUCGGCCAAGCUUGUUGUCCUCAUUGUUGUAGAAUUUUUGAGUAUGUAUGUAAAUUCUAACCAAUUUUCCCGUUCACAGUUUGUCUGAAGUCUUAGUGUUGUUAUGCACAGAAACCUAUGCAGUUUUUUUUUUAAAUAUAUAUAUAUUUAUCGGUUACAGCUUUUUAUACUUCCCGCUUUGUUUUUUCUCUUUUUUUAUUCGCUUUUUUUGUGCUAAAUUCAACUACCGUAGAUGAUUGUUGACAUAUCUUUUGAGAAGCUUUACCAAAGCCGCAGAAGUAGUCACAGCGUAUAUUAAAAUAACCUAACGAUAAAAAAGUCUUCUUGGAACUGCUUGGCAUCCGCGCUGCUUCCUGUAACUUCCUGGUGACUUCACGGUGGAGUGAAGAAGACUACACCGGUUAUAUUUUAAUCAGAACCUUUGACUGGGAAGAUGAGCUGACGUUUUUAGAGAGAUAAAGAUGGAGACCGACAGACCAUGAACAAGUCCGUUUUAGGCAGUCUGCGGGGGUGUCAUUUCAAGGUCAUAACCACAGAUUAGGCAAACGUGUCAUUCUGAACAUGAUUGAUACCCAAAUGUGACCACUUGUACACAAACCAAAAUAUUGAAAUGCUGAUGUCGGAAGUCUUCUUCCGCUGACCCAGUGAAUUCCUCUGAGCUGAGCGGUCGCCCUAGUGACCAGUCCUCGACUGACGGUGUGUCAUGGAACGUCUGUUUUAUUUCAGUUUCAUCUUGGUGUCCGUUAUCUGUGUGCGAAGCAGAAAAGUCUCUGUUUUUAUUUCAGUUUUUUUUUCUUUCAUUCCAUCUGAAGUUCUAUCACCUGAGGUUCCGUCAGAGUGUUACCUGCCCAGAGAACAGCGCCUGAGUCUGGGCCGGGCCACAUCCGGCUCUGAUCUGGCCCACGCCCGGCCCACAUCUGGCCCACAUCUGUGCCAGUGUGUCCCACUGAGUGCUGCUGCUCUCUGGAGCCUGUGUGCUGAUGUGUAUGGCGUUGAUGUCAAUAUGUAUGGUAUGAUAUGGUCAGCGUGUUGGUGAUUGUGUAGUGAUUCCUGUCAUGUCGAGUCCUGAUGUCAAUCAUUGCCGGAGCCAAAAAUAUCUGUUGGCGCUUUAGAACUCUCUCUGAAUGUAUUCCUCUCGGGCUGUAGAGUAAUAAAGAACAUCUUAUUUUGAACAA